CAAUACAUAAAUAUACAUACCUACAUAGAUACAAACUUGUAAUCGAAUCAAUCGAUCGAUCUCUCUCAAGAAAAAUGGAUGCGUUCUCGUCGUUCUUCGAAUCUCAGUCGUCGUCUCGCAACAGCUGGAGUUACGAUUCUCUCAAGAACCUCCGUCAGAUCUCUCCCGUCGUCCAGACUCAUCUCAAACAGGUUUAUCUCGCACUAUGUUGCGCUCUGAUUGCUUCGGCCACUGGAGCUUAUCUGCAUAUCCUCUGGAACAUUGGUGGACUCCUUACAACCCUUGGUUGCAUGGGAAGCAUUGUUUGGUUACUCUCCACCCCUCCAUAUGAAGAGCAAAAGAGGGUUGCCCUCUUAAUGGCAGCUGCACUCUUUGAAGGCGCUUCAAUUGGUCCUCUGAUUGACUUGGCUAUUGAAAUUGAUCCAAGCAUUCUGGUCAGUGCUUUUGUGGGUUGUGCUGUGGCUUUUGGUUGUUUUUCAAUGGCAGCCAUGUUGGCUAGGCGUAGGGAAUACCUUUACCUGGGAGGUCUUCUUUCAUCUGGUCUCUCCAUCCUUUUCUGGUUGCACUUUGCAUCCUCUAUCUUUGGAGGUUCUGCUGCUCUCUUCAAGUUUGAGUUGUACUUUGGGCUUUUGGUGUUUGUUGGCUACAUUGUAGUAGAUACCCAGGAUAUAAUUGAGAGGGCACACUUUGGGGAUCUAGACUAUGUAAAGCAUGCCCUAACCCUUUUCACUGAUUUUGCUGCUGUUUUUGUUCGGAUUCUCAUAAUCAUGGUGAGUUUGUGUGCUUAAUUCCAUUUCAUUUAGAUGACAAAAAAACUUUUAUGACUUUACAAUUCAUUAAUUCAUGUGGCAGUCAUUAUUGUUGUUGACAAGUUACUUUAUAAAGGGCUAUUUUGGGAAGAUGGUUAUAAUCAGUUUU